GUAAAGUUUCUAUGAUUUGGUCUUAUGAAGAGCUAUUUUCUCUAUGUAAUUUGCUCCUGCCUAAUCGUAGCAAAUCGUGCACUUCCUCUUGCCGCUGAAGCUCCCCUGCCUUGCCGAUUUUAGGGGGAAACAAAACAAAUCUUUUCAAAGAGAAAUGGAAAGCACCGCUGUUGAUUCGAGUUUGCACCGCACUUUCAAAUACUUACUAGCUACCGCACUAGAAGAAGAUUAUGUGGUUUGUGCUGUACAAUUCCAUCUUUUUGUGACAUUCAUAUUGUUUUUGAGUAGAGAGGGAUUCAGGCGAGUGUGCUUGAGGGAAGAUAUUAUGUGGUAUGGUUCUUCACCAGCAGGAGAAACUGAAGCUCAGCUUUUGAAAGUGGCCUGGAUGACCUUCCCAUUAGGGGUACUGGUCACUUUUUUUGCUUGUUUGAUUGUAUUCUGGUGGCAAGAUCUGGGAUUUUCCAGUCCUUAUGGACAAGCUAUCUUGAUUAAUGGUUUUGCUUGCAUUCUUGAACUGCUGGCAGAACCAUUCUUUAUUUUGGCUCAAAAACUGGCUCUUCUCAAAUUGCGGCUAAUUGUUGAAAUUGUUGCCACUCUUUCGCAUUGUAUAGUAACAUAUGCUCUCAUCCUGAAGCAACCAAGCUUGGAGAAAGCAAUUGUGUUUUCAAUGUCACAGGUUGCUUAUGGAGCAUCUAUUUUCAUAGGCUACUGGGCUUACUUUCUUCUGUGCCAAUUAUACACAACUCGUGUUCUAUUUCCGUUCCGGAUAGGAAAUACAAAAAACUAUGAUCAACUGAUUGUGAACAUGUGCAUGAAACUUAAUCUUCAAUUGGUUCAGAAGUUGGUUCUUCAGGAAGGUGAAAAGAUGGUCCUUGUAUGGUUUGAUACACCAUAUAACCAGUAAGUAUAUGGACUUGUAGACAAACUAGGGAGCCUAGUGGUGAGGCUGAUUUUUCUUCCCUUUGAAGAAAGCUCAUAUGCAACGUUUGCAAGGCCUGCAUCAGGAGAUCAAGAACGGAAAAAGGAGAAAUUGGGAAGGAGUCUGACAGAUGCGCUGAAGCUUGUUUUGCUUAUCGGUCUAGUUGUUAUGGCAUUUGGUCCAAGCUAUUCAUAUUCCCUCAUCAGAUUGAUGUAUGGUAGAAAAUGGAGCGAUGGAGAAGCUACCAAAGUACUCCAAUGUUAUUGCCUUUAUGUGAUAGUUUUGGCCAUGAAUGGGACGUCUGAAGCAUUUCUACAGGCAGUUGCAACAGAGAAAGAACUUAAACGGUCAAAUGGUUCAUUGCUUGCCUUCCCAUUGAUAUAUGUGAUCAUUAACAUCUUGUUUAUCAGAUCAGCAGGGGCAAUUGGAUUGAUUUUAGCAAACUCUCUGCAUAUGAUCUUGAGGAUAGUUUACUCAGUGAUUUUCAUCAAAAAGUAUUUCAAGGAAUCAUCAUCUUUUGCUUUUAGAGCUUGCAUGCCUGGAGGUUAUGAAUUUGUGUUGGUUUCAGGAGUAGCCACCUUCAUAGUUGAAAAGAUGUACCUUAACCGAGACAACUUCUCGGCCACCUUUACCGUUCACUUCUCAUUUGGUUUAUUCUGUUUUCUUGUGGCCACUUUCAUAAUCUAUCAAAAGGAGAGGCCUUUUAUCGCGAAAAUUCUACGCUUCCGCGAACACGCUGAUUGAAUGUGCUAAAGAACUACAUCUUGGUCAAUAGGGUUUGUGAAAAGUUCUGCUCUAUUUCAAGAUCAAGGAAUCAUAAGCACUGAGGAUUACGAGCAUUUCUGGUAUACUAUGCUCAGGGAGGGAGGUGCAAUAGGGUUGGGGGGCCAUUGCCCCCCCCCCCCCAAAAAAAAAAACUUUUUAUUUUUUAAUACUAUUAGAGUAUUAGUAUUAGUCUAUUAGAUAAGUAGUUCAUAAACUGCCUAUGCGUAAGUUUUUUAAUUACUUCGUUUCUGAAUUGUGGAAGAUCUUCAAGAUUUCAUUUGCAACUUUUUAGUACUUACUGAUUUAA